AUGGUCCAUCAAGCUGAGUUCUUACCUUCUACAGGUAAUUCGAUAUCAUCUGUAUUACAAGGUGGUUACAACCAUCCAUUGUCUAGGGAAUGGCAGCAGGAAAGACAAUUGACCAAAAACAUGUUUAUUUUUCCAUUGUUUAUCACCGAUUCUCCUGAUGAAGAAACCGAAAUCCCCGCAUUACCCAACAUCAAGCGUUUUGGUGUAAAUAGAUUGAUUCCUUAUGUGAAAAGCUUAGUUGAAAAAGGAUUGAGAGCUGUGAUAUUGUUUGGGGUUCCAUUGAAACCAGGUGUCAAAGAUGCAUUGGGUACUGCUGCAGAUGACCCCGAAGGACCAGUUAUUACUGCGAUCAAAAAAUUACGUGAAAAUUUCCCCGAUUUAUUUAUCAUGUGUGAUGUUUGUCUUUGUGAAUACACAGAUCACGGACAUUGUGGGAUAUUGAAUGAAGAUGGAUCAUUGAGAAGAGAGGAAUCAGUACAAAGAAUUGCAGCGGUGGCGGUCAACUACGCAAGAGCAGGAGCAAACUCUGUUGCUCCUUCAGAUAUGAUGGAUGGACGUAUUAAAGACAUCAAGACCGGGUUGAUGAAUGCAGGAUUAGCCAAUAAAUGUUUAGUCAUGUCAUAUGCUGCCAAGUUCUCUGGAAACUUGUAUGGACCAUUUCGUGACGCUGCCGGAAGUGCACCAAGCCAUGGAGAUAGAAAAGCAUACCAGUUACCACCAGGAGGUGCUGGUUUGGCACGUCGUGCGUUGAUGAGAGACAUGGGUGAAGGUGCUGAUGCUGUUAUUGUCAAACCAAGCACUUUUUAUUUGGACAUUGUCAGUGAUGCAGCCAAAUUAUGUCGUGAUUAUCCAAUAUGUGCAUAUCAUGUCAGUGGAGAAUAUGCCAUGUUGCAUGCAGCUGCGGAGAAAGGGGUGGUUGAUUUGAAAGGAAUUGCAUUUGAAGCCCAUCAAGGGUUUUUAAGAGCAGGAGCAAGAUUAAUUAUUAGUUAUUUCACCCCAGAAUUUUUAGAAUGGUUGCAAGUAUAA